AUGGCGACUACUUCUACCUCUACCUCUGGGUCAGGCUUUCACAAUGCCAUGGCAAAAGUCCCCGUCCUCACUGGGAAAGAAAACUUCCCCAAGUGGAAGACUUCCCUCACUCUCUACCUGGGUUCCCUCGGUGCGUGUGCCUUCAUUCAGAAGGACAAGUCUCAGAUGGACGACGAAGCUUGGCGUGCUCGUGACGAGCAAAUCGCCUACAGCAUCCUCCUUACCACCUCUUCUCCAAUCCAGCAAUCUCUCUUCCACCUCCUGGAAGAAGCCUCAGCAACAUCUCCUCCCUCCUGGCACGUACUGCCCAGCAUUUCUCUCCCCUUGUCGAAGACCGAUUGCGCAUCCGCAGCGCCAUAG